UCCCUAAAAAUGAAUGGGAAUGGGUCUGGGUGCUAAAUAAAGGCAUGGUUUCUACUGUCCUGUGUUUUCAGGCUCUGUCCUUCCUCAGUAGACACGGAGCCCUGAAUGGCAGAGCAGAAUCACACCUCAGUGGCAGAGUUCGUUCUCGAGGGCCUGAGCGACCAGGCGGAGAUGAAGGCAGCCCUCUUUGUGCUGCUGCUGCUCAUCUACACCGUCACGCUUUUGGGCAACAUGGGGAUAAUCGUAGUCAUCCGAGGUGACCCACGGCUCCACACAUCCAUGUACUUCUUCCUUGGCAGUCUCUCCGUUGUUGACAUCUGCUUCUCCUCUGUGAUUGCCCCCAGGACCUUGGUGAACUUCCUAUUGGAGAGGAAGACCAUUUCCUUCGUGGGCUGCAUGGGCCAAGCUUUCUUCUACAUCGUCUUUGUGACGACCGAGUGUUUCCUGCUGGCUAUCAUGGCGUACGACCGGUACGUGGCCAUCUGUAACCCCCUGCUCUACUCCUCUGUUAUGACUCGGAGGUUGUGCAUGUGGCUGGUGGUGGGGUCCUACAUUGGGGGUGUCCUGAACUCCAUCAUACAGAUGACCUUCAUCAUCAGGCUGCCCUUCUGCAGCUCCAAUGUCAUCAACCACUUUUUCUGCGACGUUCCCCCCCUCCUGGCUCUGUCCUGUGCCAGCACAUACAUCAACGAGAUGAUUCUCUUCUCUUUGGCUGGCAUCAUUGAGCUCAGCACCAUCUCCACUAUUCUGGUCUCCUACAUCUUCAUCUCCUUUGCCAUCCUGAGGAUCCGUUCAGCUGAAGGCAGGCAAAAAGCCUUCUCCACCUGCGUGUCCCACCUGACAGCGGUCACCAUGUUGUAUGGGACAACAAUCUUCAUGUAUUUACGCCCCAGCUCUAGUUACUCCCUGAACACCGACAAAGUGGUCUCCGUCUUCUACACAGUGGUGAUCCCCAUGCUGAACCCUCUCAUCUACAGCCUGAGGAACAAGGAGGUGAAGGAUGCUCUGAGGAGAACAGCAGAAAGAAUCACAGUCAGGCUCUGAACCCUCUCAUUAAAACCUGAUACAGGAAUGUGGGUAACAUGGGGAUUUUCCCAGAGGCUGUGGAGCCUCCACCCAUGGAGAUAUUCAAAAGUUGCCUGGACGAGGCCAUGAGCAACCUGAUGUGGCUGUGAAGUCAGCUCUGCUUUGAGUGGGACAUAGAAUAAUUUUUGAUCAGAAAGGACAUCUAGGAGGUCUCUGGUCCUAUGAAUGGCAAGUUAUACACAUAUAUACAUGUAUGUGUGUAUAUGUAUAAAAAUACA